AUGUCUUUCCUCGGCGGAUCAAGCACCUCCUCAGUCUCAUCUAACGAUGUCAAGGUCGCUCUCGUCCAGCAGGUCCAGCAGGAGGCUGCCAUGACCAACGCCCGCGCCCUGAUCAACAAAAUCAACGAGAACUGCUUCCAAGCUUGCGUCCCUUCCCCCGGCUCUUCCAUGUCCGCCCAGGAGAACACCUGCCUGUCCAACUGUAUGGAGAAGUACAUCUCCAUGUGGAACAUCACCAGCCGUACCUACAUCAACCGUCUCGGCGUGGAGAGCAAGCGCAUGGGUGGCGCUGAUGCCAACGUCGUUGCCUCCCUCGGAUCUGGCCUGUAA